AUGAAAGACACUGAGAUUUUGUGGAAACGGGCCAAUGGCCAGUUCACGGAGCUCAUGACUCGCGUGGAUCAAUUGGAAGCUGGUCAUGUAAUUCUCACGACGGAGCUAAGGGAGCGCCUCGAUGCUUUACGCGAGAUUACCACCGAACUUCGAAGGGGCUGUGGAGAGCUGGAGACGAACACGGCCGUACUGAUGAAGCAUAUUGGCGAUGACAAGGCUGCUCAACAGCUUGCGGCAUCCCGAAAGACCGUGCAGGCUCAAAGUCCUCUGGUUGAGCAUGCAGAACCUGCUCAUCACGUCUAUGGCACUCCAGGUGUCCAGCACGAAACUGACGCAGCAGACGCUGCAGACGAGUGGUGGGAUGCUCAUGACGAUAGGUUACGUUAUGCUAUAGGAGCCGCCGGAGACUUGGACGUGGGCUCAUCGCAAGAGAUCGGGCAUGCACUCGAAGGGGAGCAGGAUGCUGAGCCUUUCGGGGUACAGUAUGGUAUGGCAGAGCAGAGGCGUACGGAGGAUGAAGCCAUCUUCCUAGCGAAUGACGAGGAGGCUGCAGUGGACUUCAUCAAGCCUGAGGCCGACGAUGUCGCUGCCACGAUGAAGUACAAGCUUGCUAGCGUGGGCACAAAGCUUGAGAAUCUUGCCAGCAAAGAUGUCUACGACGAGGCAAAGCGAACCAAAGUCCCCGCAGGCCAAGGUGGCAUUGGUGGUGUGUGGGAAGUGGGAAAAGGGUACCAUACCGCAUGCGCCAGAAAACCAAUCUUUGAACCCUGGGGCAAAAGCGAUACGGAUCGCAGCGAGUUUGAUGGCACGACACCACAAUUGGAGAGGCCUCGCGCUGGACAUCAGCGCGGCUUCUUAAACGCAAAGAUCCAAGGCGAGAAUGUGUACGUGUCCCCACCGCCAGCGCUUGUGAAGCGCAACAUCGUGAGCGGAUCAGUGCUUUGGAAGCUCAAGCGAGCUCCUUACGGGCUGCAUCGUAAUCCGAAAUUCUGGGAACACGACAAAUAUGCAGAGCUUGAGGUGAAAAGGGCAGUUAAUCCCGAUGGUCAGCGAUUGAAGUUGGUCAGCGACUGA